AUGCCUUCCCUCAAGACUGCUUCUUGUGUGGUUCUGCUGGCAACAAUUUGCGCUGCCCAGUCCGAGGAUCGACAGCUCCUGGCCGAUGUUGUUUUGGCCCAACAAUCCGCGGUCAACUCCAGUAUCGAAUGCGGAAGAUACUAUGACGAUGUCAUUCCUAAGAGUAUCGUCAUGCGAAUCUCUAACAAGGUCACAUCGGGAACUUGCUUCAAUGUCGCUGAGACAUUCUCGCCGAGUUCUUACCCUAACGACACCAUCACCGAGUUUGAGGGCAUCACCAGCUCUUGCUGGCCCUUAAAUUCGUCCUGCCAGUCAGCCUUGCAAGCAGACGGCCUCAACAUUUAUUCUCCGGAGGCCAACUAUACCCAUAUCGAAGUCAACUUCCGGAAUCUCGAAAGCACUGCUACCAAGGAGUUCAGACUGAAGGCUUUCGCCGGAGACCGAUGCGAAGAGGACGCGGCAGAGCCAUGGUUUUCAUGGGGUGGGUGCGGUGAAGAUGAUGGAACAGCCCACUGUGACGAGUUACCGUACAAUGUGAAGAGUCUAAAAGUCGAGCGAGUGGCAUCCGAUAAUAGCACGGAGUGUCUGGUCGCAGCUGAGCGAGGUGCCGGUGCAAGAGUGGGACAGACCGACAUCGCAGCGCUUGUUGGAGGUGCGAUCGUUGCAGGACUCAUGGCCGUGGUAUGA